AUGGUUGCUAAAGAAUUAGACGUCAUUGUAGUUGGUGCCGGUAUUGGUGGAAUUGCUGCUGCCAGUGAAUUGGCUAAAAAUGGGCUGAAAGUAGUUGUUCUUGAAGCUCGGGAUCGUCUUGGUGGAAGAUUGUUCACUGAUCGAAAGUCAGGAUCCAAACCAUAUGAGCUCGGUUGUAGCUGGCUCCAUGAAUCCGUUGACAACCCAUUAUUAAAAAUUGCUUUGGAUAAUGAUAUUAAGGUUACUUAUGAUGAUGGAAGUAUUGCUUUCUACGACAAGAAUGGACCAUUGGAUGGCUCUAAAGAGCUGGGUCCUGCUGCUAGUGAUUUCAAUGCAUUUGCCAGUAUUUACUUUGCUGACCACAGCGAGGAUAUCUCUUAUGGAGAGCUUAUUAACUUAUUCAUCAAACAGCAUCCCACACUUACACAGGUCCAGAAGGAAGAAGUUCCUGCAUUACUUGAGUUUCCUCAAGUCGGCAAGGGACUUGAAUCAAGUCAAUUGUCUGGUAAACUGGCCUUUAAUGGAGGCGGCAAGGGCAGAGAUCUUGCUGUUCCAGGUGGAUAUGAUGCCAUCUACAAUGCUAUAAAGAAACCUAUUGGCGAUGAAAAUAUCAUCCUGAACUCACCAGUUGAAUCUGUAGAGACUGACAAUGAAAAAGGUACCGUCAGAGUUCAUACUGCUGGUGGAGAUGUGUACACUGCCAAAUAUGCUAUAAUCACUGCUCCAUUGGGAGUUCUCAAGCACAAUGAUAUCAAGUUCAUUCCUCAGUUGCCAACCUCCCUGACUCAGGCAAUUGAAUCUGGAGCUGUUGGUAACACCGGUAAGGUGUACUUUGAAUUUGACGAAGUAUUCUGGCCAGCAGAUGUCGACAAGAUCUUAUUCGCUGGAGAACCCAUUCCAGUUGUCAUCUCCAAUUGGUAUAAAUAUAAUGGAGAGAAGAAGCAUCCUGGUUUGUAUCUUAUAACACCUCCUCCUCUGACCGCCAAGCUUGAGCAAGACCACACUCUCGCAUUUGAUGCUCUCAAACCAGUUUUGGAAGCUCUUCGAACAGAUAAAUCCAAGCCUGUUCCUACCCCGACAAAAGUAACCACUUCCAAAUGGUCUGUGGAUCCAUAUUCUCGUGGCUCAUAUGCCACCUAUACAGUGGGCUAUGAUCUUGACAAGGCUGUUGGUGCAUUUGAAACUGGCGCAGGUCACGUUCGUUUCGCUGGCGAGCAUACCAUCUUAAGAGGAGCUAGUUUUACACACGGAGCUUAUCGUAGUGGUCUUCGUGAAGCUGCUUUUAUUCUUAAACAGCUGAAGAGUAGACUUUAG